UCUGGGUGGUCCAGGGCACUGCAGGGUAGCGGGCGCAGGGGGACCGCAGAGGCGAUGCGUUGUUAGCAGAGCGCUUUCGCUCUGCGUUAGCGGGAUCGCCUGGCCCGCCUCAUUCUGGCAACCGAGGCGGAAAAGUGAGAGGUUCCACCAUUGGCCGGACCCGUUAACCCCUGGCAGCUGCGGGAGGCUCCCUGCAGGAGGAGCUCCGCGCGCGGAGGAGGAGCCAGGGUAGCCCCUGAGAGGUUGGGACGCCGUCCUCCGGUAGAUAAGAAGCAGAGGCCAGCAGGAAUCCCCUCCGCUUGCGGGUUAGGAAGCUUGGGGAGCAGCCUCAUGGAAGAGAAGCAGAUCCUGUGCGUGGGGCUGGUGGUGCUGGACAUCAUCAAUGUGGUGGACAAAUACCCAGAGGAGGACACGGAUCGCAGGUGCCUGUCCCAGAGGUGGCAACGUGGAGGCAACGCAUCCAACUCGUGUACUGUCCUGUCCCUGCUUGGAGCCCGCUGUGCCUUCAUGGGCUCCUUGGCCCCUGGCCAUGUUGCCGAUUUUGUCCUGGACGACCUCCGCCGACAUUCUGUGGACCUACGAUAUGCAGUCCUUCAGACUGAGGGGUCCAUCCCCACUUCCACAGUCAUCGUCAAUGAGGCCAGCGGUAGCCGCACCAUCCUGCACGCCUAUAGCUUCCUGGUGGCUGACUUCAGGCGGAGGGGAGUGGAUGUGUCUCAAGUGUCCUGGCAGAGCCAGGGAGAUACCCCUUGCUCUUGCUGCAUCGUCAACAACUCCAAUGGCUCCCGUACCAUUAUACUCUAUGACACGAACCUGCCAGAUGUGUCUGCUAAGGACUUCGAGAAGGUCGAUCUGACUCGGUUCAAGUGGAUCCACAUUGAGGGCCGGAAUGCAUCAGAACAGGUGAAGAUGCUGCAGCGGAUAGACCAGUACAACGCCAAGCAGCCUCAGGCGCAGAGGGUCCGGGUGUCAGUGGAGAUAGAGAAGCCCCGAGAGGAACUCUUCCAGCUGUUUAGCUACGGCGAGGUGGUGUUUGUCAGCAAAGACGUGGCCAAGCACCUGGGGUUCCAGUCAGCGGCAGAGGCCCUGAGGGGCUUGUACAGUCGUGUGAGGAAAGGGGCGACGCUGGUCUGUGCCUGGGCUGAGGAAGGUGCUGAUGCCCUGGGCCCUGACGGCCAGCUGCUCCACUCAGACGCUUUCCCACCGCCCCGAGUGGUGGACACUCUGGGGGCCGGGGACACCUUCAAUGCCUCUGUCAUCUUCAGCCUCUCCAAGGGAAACAGCAUGCAGGAGGCCCUGAGAUUCGGGUGCCAGGUGGCUGGCAGGAAGUGUGGCCUGCAGGGCUUUGAGGGCAUCGUGUGAGAGGUGUGUGGUGAGAGGCACCGGCUCAGCACUGCAGAGGCUGGCACCAUCACCUACCAUUGCCUUCUCCACGUCACCCAGACUGGCGUCCCACUGCCCUGUUCCCUGGGCAGGUGUAGGCCGUGGAAAGGAGGCUGCCUGUGUCUGUAUUUCUGUAUACCUCUAUCUCUACUCUGCAGAUACGUGGAGCAAAUAAAUCUUCCCCCGAGCCA